UCGGAAUUUUAUCGAAGUUUGCCACUUUCCUGUUUCGGACGGAUGUCGAAUUUAGGGUCCGCAGAGUAAGUACAACGCAAACGUAUCGGUCUUACGAAGAACGCAUGGGAUGAAGAGGGGCAUUUAAAAGCGGACCCAACGCUGGUCCACGGCCAGUCCCGCUUAUACAACGGACGAGAAAAUUUCUCCACAAGUGCAAGACUAGAUUUAUAAGAUGCUCGCCACAGCGAUGUUAUUGCUAGUACUCAUAGUGUUAUUGCUAUACUUAGGCUGUCAGAAACCGAAAGGAUACCCACCAGGUCCAAGAUGGUGGCCUAUUCUGGGCUGCGCAUUAGAAAUAGCGCGUAUCCGUCAAGAGACCGGAUAUCUCUUUAAGACCUGUUCGGCGCUCUGCAAGAAAUAUGGUUCUGUGGUGGGCCUGAAGAUCGGCCAGGAUCGCAUCGUUAUUCUGAACGAUGUAGAGAGCAUACGAGCGAUGCUGACCAAUGAGGAUUGUGACGGUAGACCGUCCGGGCCAUUUUACAAGGCCAGAACUUGGGGCGUUAGACUAGGUCUCAUCGUGGUAGAUGACAGGCUAUGGGUGGAGCAACGGCGAUUCGUCAUACGACAUUUGCGAGAAUUUGGCUUUGGUCGUACCAGCAUGGUCACGAUCAUCGAGGAUGAGGCUUUGAAAUUGGUAGAACAUUUCAAGAAGAUGCUCCAAAAUGGCUAUAAUUAUGAAACGUCUGACGCGCAAAACAUGACAGCGAUAAAUAAUAAUGUCGGUCAGAUAUACAAGCUCCGGAAAGACCCGAAGAACAAAUUGAACAGAUUGAAGCUGUACGAUGAGUUCGUUACCAAGGAUAAGGUCUUCAAGCCUCGUACAGUGGCAGACUUGUACAUGAAGGCCGAGGACUACGCGGAGGUCAGGAAAGUCUCCCAAUCUGCGGGAAUGAUCAUACCGAUGCACGAUGCCUUUGGCGUGACCGUACUGAACACCCUUUGGAGAAUGAUGGCUGGCAGAAGGUAUGAUACUGGCGACAAGGAACUCACGCACUUGCAGCAAAUCCUCACGAAACUUCUGAAAGAAAUCGACAUAAUCGGCGCGCCUUUUAGUCAUUUUCCAUUACUACGUUUUAUCGCGCCGGAAAUGUCCGGUUAUAAAGCGUUCGUAGAAACACAUCAGGAACUAUGGGCAUUUUUAAAAGAGGAAUUGAAUAAUCAUAAAAAUACAUUUUUAUCAAAUGCGCCGCGGGACUUGAUGGACGUCUACUUGACUGUGCUAAAUUCGAAAGAUUGCAGCGAUACAUUUUCUGAAUCCCAAUUAUUGGCGAUCUGUGUGGAUCUCUUCAUAGCGGGCUCCGAGACAACUUCAAAAGCACUAGGCUUCGGAUUUUUAAAUCUAAUAUUGCAUCCGCAGGUUCAGAGAAAGGCGCACGAGGAAAUAGACAGAGUUAUUGGCCGUGACAGAUCUCCCACGUUGGCUGACAAACCAAGAAUGCCAUAUGUUCAAGCCAUCGUUUUGGAGUCCAUAAGAGUAUUCGUGGGCCGCACUUUGAAUGUACCACACAGAGCGUUAAAAGACACUUCUAUCGUGGGCCACAAGAUACCAAAAGACACAAUGCUUGUUGUAAAUUACAAUAGAAUACUCAUGGACGAGUCCUGGGACGAUCCGGAGGAUUUCCGGCCGGAGAGAUUCCUCGACAACGACGGUAAUAUCAUCACGCCAGAAAAAUAUUUUCCCUUCGGCAUCGGCAGACACCGUUGCAUGGGCGAGGUAUUAGCUAGAAGCAACAUUUUCAUCAUAACAACCACGCUGCUGCAGGCGUUCAACUUCUCGGUGGUGCCUGGUGAGCCGCGACCAUCUGCGCAAGACUUUGUGGACGGUGUCACGGCCGGUCCUAAACCGUACAGGGCAUUGGUCUCUCUGAGAAUGUAAGCCAGAUUUGACUGAAGCAUCAUUUUCCACGAAUGAAUCAGUCUGUUAUCUCGUUCCCAUCUCAAACUUAAUGCUACUUUAAGUGAUAUAUUAACAAUAAGAUUAUUCUUUUUUAAUAUUCCCAAUUAAUAAAUCUCUAUAUACAACAGGCUGCAAGAUAAACUGCGUAACGUAUUGUCAAUUUUCAUAUAAAACAUUUGUCACAAAAA